UUGACUCGACGUUAAACGUUUGCGGCGGGCCACGCAAAUAAACACAGUCGAAUUUAUAGAACUGGAAACCGCGUACGCGCUUCGGCUUUAUUCUUCUUCGAGAAACCUGCGGUCUUCGAGCAAUCGCCGCGACUCAUCAGCAGUGGUUUUACUAGUGAAUCGUCUAUGAAUGAACGUGAAUACACGCUAUUUCCCACCAGACGGUUGUCUGACUUUAACGCAAACUGCGGGGUGCAAAAUACUGUAAAUGUGUUUGGUACUUGCUCAACCUAUCGACGAUUUCAGUGCAGUGCACGCGAUUAGGAACGGCAUUUCUCGAUUUCGAACUGUCGUUUUUGAAAAAUGUAAGUUCAUUUAGAUACUCAGCUUGAGUUUAUUACAGGAACAGAUUUCUUUCUUGAUUUUGAUCUUAAUGAAGUUUGAUUUUACGAUACAUAUUUCAUUGGAUGUCGUAUUGAAUUUCUGUGUGCAUGGUGUUUCAUAGUUGGAGGAGGAAGCUUUGUGAAUAAGUCUCCAGUGAUCAUUUCGAAUCUCGACAUAAGGGCCACCCACGAACUUGCUUCGUUUCCUUCUAUCAUGCGAACCAGAAGACUCCAGGAGGAUGAGGAAACUGGAUGACAGCAGAUGGAACGAUAGAGUGAUACUGAAUGUCGGCGGUGUACGUCACGAAACGUACAAGUCGACACUAAAGAAAAUACCCGCGACCAGACUUUCUCGUUUAACAGAGGCUUUGGCUAAUUACGAUCCCAUCUUAAACGAGUACUUUUACGACCGCCAUCCAGGCGUUUUUGCACAAGUAUUGAACUACUACCGCACCGGGAAGCUGCAUUAUCCGACAGACGUUUGCGGGCCACUCUUCGAGGAAGAACUCGAGUUCUGGGGUCUGGAUUCUAAUCAGGUGGAACCAUGCUGUUGGAGUACGUACAGCAUCCACAGGGAUACCCAAGCCACGCUCGCGAUACUCGAUAAGCUUGACGUGGAAGGCGAGAAGCUAAGCGACGAGGAAAUCGCGCGGCUUUUCGGCUACGAGGAAGAGUACAACAGGGGAACCUUGUCGAGAUGGCAAAAACUACGGCCAAGGAUCUGGGCUCUUUUCGAUGAGCCGUACUCAUCCCUCGCGGCGAAGUGUAUAGCCUGUGUUUCAAUACUCUUCAUCUGCCUCUCGGUUCUCUGUUUCUGCUUGAAGAGUCACACGACAACGAAACGGUCGAGAAACAAUCAACGGUACGCAGAACUGUUGCGAUCGGAAUCGGCUUGGAACAAGGACGACGCUGAUUCUUAUCCCGUGCUGUUUUACCUGGAGCACACGUGUAACGCUUGGUUCACUUUGGAAAUUAUCAUUCGCUGCUUGGUCAGCCCGAAUCUGAAGCGAUUCGCCGUCUCACCGGUGAACGCGAUCGACUUAGCAGCGACGUUGAGCUUCUACACGGAGUUCCUAACGGAGUCUAGCUUGUAUCUGGAAGUCCUGUCGAUAGCCCGAGUCCUGCGGCUCUUUAAGCUGACGAGGCAUUCUCCGGAGCUUAGGAUCUUGAUUCAUACCUUCAAGGCGUCUGCUAAAGAACUAGCCUUGCUGGUCUUCUUCCUCGUACUGGGCAUCGUUGUUUUUGCCAGCCUUAUUUUUUACGCGGAACGCCUUCAGGAUAAUCCAACGAAUGACUUCGACAGCAUACCACACAGCCUUUGGUGGGCUUUGGUGACCAUGACAACGGUUGGUUAUGGUGAUAUGACACCAAAAACUUUCCCCGGAAUGUUUAUCGGAGGGAUGUGCGCGAUUGCUGGGGUGCUGGCGAUUGCCCUUCCGGUUCCUGUUAUCGUCAGUAACUUCUCCAUGUUUUAUUCGCAUACACAGGCUCGAAGCAAAUUGCCGAAGCAAAGGCGAAGAGUACUCCCAGCACAAUUGCCAAGACGACCAGGAGCCUCUAUUUAUCAGAUGCAAAAUAAUAAUCAGCAUCAGCUUGCUCCUAAUCACUCAAACAGGCCGCUAACACCAAGGACAGCGACUAUAGCAUUAGAGAGCGUACUUCACUUACAGCCUAACAUCGUGCUAAAUUUGGAAAGGGACACAGUUGUUUCGGGAACCAUGAAUUCAGACAGGAGGGAUUCUGUUCGCCUUGUAGCUAGCAAUCCUGUGAAAAAUGGGAAAGCGAUUGAUGGGGCGGUCGAUGAUACGUUCCAGGAGGGCGAAAACAAAAACGAUGAUCCGCACGUAGGAAGUUGUUGAACCCCUUCCUCCAGCUCAUGUUAUCAGGCCAGAUAAUGCGAAACCGGCGA